GGGGCGGCCUCCCCGGAGGACUUGGCGCCAAGAGCAGUGAGGUGGAGCUCCGGCGAGGACCCCGGGCGUCUCUCCCGCCCUCGGGGCCGGCCGCGCUCGCUGCGGAGAAGGGCACGUGCUUCCCUCCCGCUCUGGGUACUCUUCUCUCUCGUUUUGUUUCAUUUGGUUGGAAUUAGUAAAUUACCGUUCCUCCUCAGAUCGUUGCCGGUGUGUUCCUCCUGUGAAACCCAUCUACCAGCUCUCUGCCCUUCCCCCCCUCCGGGAGCGCGCGGCCCCUGGCGCGCCCUGCUGUGAGGCCGGGGCCGGCCGGAUCGCGCAGCAAAUUGCUGGUACCCCUUCCUUUUUUUCCUUCGCCCUUUUGUCUCUUUUAUUGGGAUUUUUUUUUUCCGGGCCUGUGCCCCACUUGUCACGGACUCAGAUCUGACUCCAUGACACCCUUUCACUGUGACACCCUUUCACGGUGCCCGUGCUCCGUCACUUCAUGGAAAUGGGACCAAUAGCCUAAGCCUCCUUAAGAACAGAGCACUGGGGAAAGGACAGCAACAGUGCUUCUGACCUGCUCUGCCACAUGGAGGCUGAAAUAGACUUAAUGGAGAGGCACCCGAGGACCCUGCUCCAGUCUCACUGGGAAGCACGCAGGAGUCGGCAGGAGAGGAAGGCGGCACAAGAUAGUGGGAAGAGGAAGAAACCCCCUGUAGACUUCGCAUCCAGCAUUGGCUGCAGUGCUGAUUCUAUGGAUGGCCAGCGGGAAAGUCAGCAGUGCAAGUGAGUGCUGUGGCAAGGCCAGUGCUCUGGGCAGAAUGGGUGCCUUUCCUCUCCUGACUCCUGUAUUCAUGGCUACAAAUUCUCAAGAGAAUGGGAGAACUCGUUUGGUGAUUCAGCAUGAGCCAGCAAUAUGUGCUUGCAGCCCAGAAGGCCAACCGUAUCGCGGGUUGCAUGAAGAGAAGUGUGAGCAGCAGGUCGAGGGGGGUGGGUCUGCCCUUCUGCUCUGCUCUCAUGAGACCCCACUUGGAGUACUGUGUCCAGUUCGGGAGCCCCGAACACAAGAAGGACAUUGAGCUCCUGGAGUGGGUCCAGAGGAGGGCCAUGAAGAUAAUCAGAGUACUAGAACACUUCCAGUGCCUGAAGGGGGCCUGCAGGAAAGCAGGGGAGGGACUUUUUAAUAAGGGCGUGUAGCAAGAGGACAAGGGGAAAAGGCUUUAAACUGGAAGGGGGUAGAUUUAGCCUAGGUAACAGGACAACGUUCUUUACUGUGAGGGUGGUAAGACACUGGAACAGGCUGCCCAGCAAGGUUGGGGGUGCCCUCUCCCUGGAGGCACUCAAGGCCAGGCUGGAUGGGGCUUUGAGCAACCUUGUGUAGAGGGAGAUGUCCCCGCCUAUAGCCAGGGGUUGGAUCUACAGCAUCCUAAAGGUCCCUUCCAACCGUACCCAUAGAAUGAUUCUGUGGAUGGGAGGAAGUGGCGCUGGGAUUUGGGUGUAGAGGCCCGACCCCGAGCUGGGUGCAUGGCUGCCGUCCUGCAUGCCGAGGAGCCACGUUGCUCCAAAUCUCGAUGACAAUGCCUUUUGUAGUUUUUUGUGGGUGAACAGCAAAGCAUGCUUCUUGUAUUUUAGUCUGCUAGACUGAGAGUGCUGCUGGUGGGCAAUCAAAAUGGAGGUGAAGCUGAAGUACAGUGUUCCCCGCCAUUAUUAAAAGUCUUUCAUUCAACGCGUGUCCAAGGUUUCCAAAACCUUCUGGCUACUGCCGUGUCGGCUUCCUGCUUUGUCAGAGUGGCACCUAGAGGAGUUCUCCGAGCUCUGACGCUCUGCCUUGACGAGAUCCUAAUCGACAAAGGCCACUGGGGCAUCCAGCAGGGCACACCGGGAACCCUAUGGCCGGGGUGGGGCAAAAGGCUUUGUGACAUCACAGGGCAGGACAUGACAUCAGUCUUCAAGACACAUGGGCAGCCUUUCCCAGCGCAAUCAUUUUGAGCAGCUGCUCCAUCCUGGUGGUCACUGCUCUGGGUGACUGGCACUUUUGUGCUGAGAUUCGUCUUUAGGAGAGAACAGGAUGAAGCUCAGCGUGACUCUUUUCCUGACCAUCACUCUGGCUAUGUCCCCAUUUGCUGGAUUCAGCCCUCGCUGUUCCAGCUAUUUUGUUUGGAUUUGUAAUCAGGACAAAAAGCCAGUCCGUCCUGAGGAGCAGCUGCCCAUUGACACCCAGCACCAUGCCUCCUACUGGCCCCGCCAGCUAGGCUUUUCAGAACGUCCCAGAUGGAUCCGGUACAGGGUCAGCAAGGUUGUUACUACAAAGGACCCAAAGCAGCAGUCCACCGGCCCCACGCAGAAAGUCUUCAGCUUGCACGACAUCCUGGGCCACGUCCGUGACAAUCUUGUCCAAACACACUUACCCUGUGUUUUCAUGGAUGUGUUGAAGCACAUGUGCAUCCUGAUCCUGCUGAGGAUUUUCUGUGGGCUCUGGAGAAACAUUAGACGACCACGGGGACAGGAAACGGGACCAACAGCCUCAGCCUCCUUAAGAACAGAGCACCGGGGAAGGGACAGCAACAGUGCUACUGAGCUGCUCCGCUGCAUUGAGGCUGAAAUAGACCUAAUGGAGAGGCACCUGAGGACCCUGCUCCAAUCCCACCGGGAAGCGCGCAGGAGCCAGCAGGAGAGGAAUGCGGCACAAAAGAGUGGCAUGAGCUGCUAGUUCCAAGGUUUUCAAAGACCUUCCUCUCCACCUUUCAGACAGCAUACGUGUAUCCGCACCCUACACACGUAUAUAAACAAAUUUCCUUCAUGUAAUUCUGUUGCCUGGAGCAACAGGAUAUUUUCUUCUGAAUGAUGUAUCGGUGUUUAAAAAUAAAUUGUUAAAAAACUGAGCUUUAAGCUGAGUUGUCCUUUUUGUGGUCUGAGUAAUAAUUUAAAUACUGGAAAAAUAUGUGGUAAUAUAGACUGGUGUGAAGAAGCACGCAUGGAAAUUCAUUUUUUCUUUAUCUACGUUCCAUGGACACCAGACUUUCCACCUCCAGUAUUUUCAGACCUGGCCACACCUAUGACACUUACCUGGUACAAACUCAAACGGCAAAGUGCAAAGCCAGAGCUGGCAAUAAAAAUCACACUGAAGAGCUUCACAGAAGAAGGACUCUUCAAGGAAUAAUCUUACUGCACAGAUAGAGUGGGAGCACCGACAAACAAAAAGGCACGCAGUAGUGUUAAAUACACACCACAGCCCCUAUUUCCAUCUAUCAUCCUGCUAUUCAUGGUCUGUGCGAUGAAGCUGGGUCUGUGUGGGGCAUAAUAUACACAAUCUCUUUCUAAAGAAAAGUAUGGUCCACAUCUGAUCAAGUUCAUACACUUAUGAUCCAAGCGGUUUUAGUUUGGGCUGAACGUUGUGAGCAGGAAUAAUUCAGAGGCUACAUACCAUCCUCCGUACACAAACACCAACUCUGGAAUACCACUGAAGGCUCAGAGCAUAGAUAACAUCUGAUCUCUGAAUGUGCAUACAUAUAAUAUCAAAAAUCAGUUAAGUGUUUCACAUACAGCAUGUAUUACAAAGUUAGACCUAUAAUUACACCCGUAUCUCACUUCUUUGCUUUUCAUAGUUCUGUUUACAUAGGGGAAACAUUCAAGUCUCCCUGCAAGCUGCUCAGCAAUGUCAGCUCACACUUAUUUCUGUGAUUACUGAGAACACUCAACAUCUCAGGAACUGCUUGGUUAAUGAAGAUGCCCCUGCACACCAGUGGUAGCAGCAAGGCUUUCUAAUCAGCUAGCAGAGCUUUCAAGUUCAGCCUAAGAUGGGGCUAACAUCAGAUUCAUUAAACUCCCAUCAGUUGAAAUUAAAAUGCUGUACUAAAAAGGCUGACAAAGUCGUCUUACUCAUGCUUCUGCAGUACAAUGUUCCAAACAGAACAGCUUUGUAAGCAAGAAAAAUAUCUGACAGAUUAUAUUAGUGAUUUAUUAUAGAGGUAAUGACCUUGAACUGACAGAACAGAAAAAAAAAAAUAAAAAAAUUUUUAAAAAAUCAGUCUUUUGGUAUGUAAAGGAAGCUUAUAAAUAAAAUGGAGACCGAUAUGGUUUCAUAGUAAAAAGACAGGAGAACAGCUUUUAAAUUAAAAUAGAAGAGAUUAAGGUUAGAUGUUGGGAAGGACUUCUUUACCUAGAGGGCAGUGAGGCACUGGUACAGCUGCCCAUAGAGCUGUGGGUGCCCCAUCCAUGGAGGCACUCAAAGCCAGGUUGGAUGGGGCCCUGGCAGCCUGAGCUGCGGGGGUGCCUGUACCUGUACCCUCAACAAAUACUUGUGUUGAAAACUUCCCCUUUCCCUCUCCUAGCUUUGUAUUUUGCAAUAGUUCUCAAAUCCAAGUCUUUGUUCCCAAAUCCAAGAAAGCACGUGAGCUCAGGACAGCACUGCUCCAGUGCUUUACCAUAUUCUUGAUUUCUCAUACCCCUUAACCUACUCUUCAGGACCUUUCUCCUUCCCGUGCAGUUCACUUCUAUGAACUUUCUCCCUGCUUUGCUGUCUAGAUCUGGAAGAGCUUUAGCAAAACUAGCAUGCACAUUUAUCUGAGCUCAAAUAUCAGCCAUCUAAGCACUGAAUUUUUUAUUUUAUUUUGGUAUUUCAGCUUAAGGAGAUGUAUUAAGUUCUCAGAUCUGUAUGAAGUCUUGUUUGAACUAAUAACUAACAAAAACAACAUUAAAUAAUUAUCAGAUACAACAAUAAUCUGUUCAAAGUCCCACUGUUAUUUGUUUUGCAGCAGUCUGCAAAAUGUAAUCAAUAUCUAAAACAAACACUCCAAAGAUUUUUAACGUUUAAGCGUACAUCUAUAUACUCACAACUCGUAAGUAUACAACAAAAUCUCCCUUGAAAAGCCUUGCAGAUGUUAUGUUUUUAUGCAUUUUCCACUUCUUGAAAUGGUAUUCUAAAUUGGAACUGUGCUCACAUUCAACUACAAGCAGCUUUUCUGAGCUAUUUACUUGGUUUCUUCAGUUCUGUUGCAGUAAUAUUAAGACUGUUUGGAAUAAAUUAUAAAUCCAACUAAUAAAAGAAAACUAUAGCCUCAUGCUACCUAUGUAUAGGAAAAGAAGGUUAAAACAAUAGUAGCAGAAGGAAACAACUGCAUUCAAAAACUGAAGUCUCCAUACUGUUCUGCAAUAACUUCAGUAUAAACCCCAGCUGAUACUUUAAAUCUUACUUCUCCGUAUUGGAAGUGGCUAGAGAAGCUUAUCUAUA